AGCCCGUGAUAGAACGAGAGGGGAAUACGCGAGGACUGAACGAUAAUAAGUUUUGGUCAGCGAACGAUAUUGGAUAAUAUAAAUAAAGCACUGCGUCAAAGGAAACCCCAGAGAAUUGCAGCUGGACUGGAAGCGGCCCCGCCACACCAGCGCCACCGCCUCAAACACACACACCAUGGCCACACAGGCUCAGCUGAAACCGCUCCCGCGCCUAUUCGCCGAGCCAUUCUUGCUUAUCCUGGUCCUUCUGCUCACCUUAGAGGCCAGUGGCGAGAAGGUGCUGCAAGAGAGUUUCAUGGGGAUGCAGAAGCCGUCGGCCCACGACCUGGGUGAACUGCUGCGCGACCUGCGGCUCGUGCCGUCUCGCCUAGACUUUGGAACGUGGUCCGUGGGCCAGGCGCGUUCCCAGACGGUGACGCUGUUUAAUCAACAUGCCAACCGUACGCUCCAGCUGAACGCCGUGGCUGGGCCAAGUCCGGCGUUCUAUAGUAGUUUCCUGGGAACCAGGGAGGUGCCGCCCCAGGGUAAUACCACCUUUAAUGUGGUAUUCCUGCCCCGGCAACUGGGCGCCGUUGCCGCGGAUCUGCUUAUCCACACCUCGUUCGGCCAGGCCGAACUGGCGGUCCAGGGCGAGGGCAGCGAAUGCCCAUACCGCCUGAAGCCGCUGGUGGGGAUUAAGGCGCCUAUGAAUGCGACGCUCACGCCGGAGAUCCAUAUGUAUAAUCCACAUGAGCGACCGCUGCAGAUAUUAGAGAUAUACAGCAGCGGAGGCGAGUUCCAGUUGGAGCUGCCCAGCGGAGGAUCAGAGGGACCACAGAAUCUUUGGGAGAUUCCCCCGCACACACUUAAGCCGGUCAUUCGGAUCUCAUUUCACGGCCGCACCGCCGGCAACCACAGCGCCUACAUACGCAUCAAGAUCGCCGAGCAGGAGCUGGACAUAGGCCAGGAGAACAUCCUGGUUAUACCCGUCGAGUUCGAGAUUCUGCCGCGACACUCGGCGUACGCCCGCAAUCCGCUCGCGGAUUUUGGUCGUCUGGCCACCUUAAAUGCUCCGGACACGUUGCAGUUUAAACUGGAUGUUCGGAACGACAAGAGCCACCGCCUCUUCGGUAGUUAUUUGCGCAAUAUUCCGGGCCUCUCGUUUGACGCCAACAACACGAGCAUCGUGUUGGAUCCCAGGCUGUUCGAGGGCACCGAGUCUAUCAAUGAUUUGCUGGUGAUUAACACCAGUAACCAGUCUAGUUCGGAUUCGGAUACAGAUCCGGCCUUUACGGUGCUGGUACGAGCGGAGAUAUUUCAAGGCGGGCUCUCAUUCGACGGAAAUGUCACCAAGUUUGUGUCCAGCUCACUGGAUGGCGAAGAGGCUGCACCGCUGGAAAGGAAUCGUUCUCUUAUAGUGCGCAAUAACUUCGCCCAGCCACUCAUCCUGUUCAACGUUAGUCUCAGUGUACCCGUGGACGAAUCCCUCUUAGAGGUAACCCUGCUGGGCUCUCCAAGAGUAGUGUUGCAGCCCGGUGAAUCCGUGGAACUGUUGCGGCUGAACUUGCUUAACGAAGAGGUGCCGUUCGAGUCCUUCCUGCGAAUCGAAACGAAUGUGACGAUUUUUGAGCUGCCCCUGGUUUCAUGCAGUGGACGCCUGCAUGUGUCGACUCAGCCUUUCAAGCUCAGGCUCGACCAGGAGGUGCAGAAGGAGAGUGUUUACAGCCUGGACUUGGAUCUAGGCACAGUGCCAUUUGCCGAGAUGUCUCGCGAUGGCUUCGUACUCCUCCACAAUGACAACCCGGUUCCUGUGAAGAUCACCAACUGGUUCUUGAAGCAUCCAAAGACAGUCUACUCCCAGAGCAGCUUUCUGGGCUGUCGGAGGGCGGAAGAUUGGGACCACAAGAGCGCUCAAAACGAGACCAGUCUGUGGCACCUCUGUACCGAGUUGAGCCCCGGUGACAGCGCUGUAUUCAAGGUGGCAAUCCAGACCUACGAGGCGGAGGCCACCUAUGGCACGCUUAAAAUUUCGACGCCCUACGAGCUUAUCCGCGUGCGCGUCAAGUUCGAGGCCUCGGUGGGACAGCUGGAGAUCGAGCAGGAGCAGCUCGAUUUUAAAAACUGUUUUCCCGGCAAGAUGUGUACCGCGGUGCUCAGCAUCCGGUCCAGCUUCACGCAGCCGGUGCACGUCAAAAGCAUAACCUUUGCCAGGCCUUUAGGCUUGCGCUUUAAGGACUUCAAUGCCAAGGGCACAACGAUUGCUCCGCAGACGCUUACAAAGGUGGGACGGAUAUACUUCGAGCCAGCGGCCAUGUGUCGGAAUCAAUGCUACAUCAAGGAGUCUACGAAGGAGCACGAAAUCUUCGUCGUCGAUGCCAGCACUACCAUUGUCAACAAUAAUGUCAUCUAUGAUGGAGUGGAACUGCGACAGCGCACAGAGCUCUUCCGGCAGCUGCGACGUCAACUGGCAUCCAUGUCGUUAACGCUCCACAGCGAGCAGUUGCCGCCACUAGAGCUGGACUUUUCCAUAAAUAUCGAAUGGCCGAAGCUAGUGCAAUUCCAGCCCAUCCCGCCCACGCCGGCCAUUGAAGUUGGGCAGGUGCAGCGCCAGUGGAUCACACUGACCAAUCCCUCGCAACAUCCCCUUCUGCUCGACUAUUAUCUUUCGGAUCCUGUAUAUGCCCGACGGACGCAGAUAUCCCUUCCGCACGAAGUCAUUGACGUUAGCUCCACGAGUUGCUAUCUUACCGACAAAAAGGUGUUUUCCCUGCCAGACGCUGGGAAUCCCAUUCUUCUGCCCGGCGGAGCCAGCCUAAACAUACCGAUCACGUUCAGCGCCCAGCAACCGGAGAAAUACUGCACGCUCUUGCACGUGCGAAGCAACCUUACUCUCUACGAAGCCGUGUGGCUGCAGGCUCGAGCCGUGCAAUCGCAGUUCCGUUUUGGUAAUCGUCGCCCAGGGUCUGCGUCAGCUUUGCUCUUCGAGCUGUCCACCGAUCAGUUCCAGGGCUGUAAAUCUGGAAAUGGCGCUGUGGUGGCGAGUCGCAGUUUCACGGCCCGCAACUCGGGUGUUAUCCCAAUGAAAAUCGAGGGUUUCCUUGUUGGCUCCCUGCCCUGCGAGGACUUCGGCUUCAAGGUGAUAGACUGCGAGGGCUUCGAGCUGGGUGAGAAUGAGACACGUAAGGUGGAGAUCUCCUUCAGCACGGACUUCACUUCCUCACGAGUCAAACGCUCCUUGACGCUCCUUACGAACCUCACCUACGACAUCAACUACCAGCUGCUGGCCCAAAUGCCGGCGGAAAGUGUGGAGCUGUGCGCCUCUCUCCUGGUUAGACCCGGAUGGGAGUCAUCGCUGAAGAAUGCCGCCCUUGUGGUGCUCUUAGCUAGCUUCGGUCUAGUCCUGUUGGCCGCUGUCUUCGACGCGAAAGCCAUAAUGGCGCAGCAAAACGCCUACGAUGCCGCCAGGAACAAGGGACCCCUGCAGCCAACCUUUAAUCUACGCAAUAUAGUUAAGAUGCAAGUAGAGGAGGCGGCAGCUAAAGCCGAGGCAGUGCAGCAGCAGAAGGUAAAGAAUGGCCAGCUGAAAGAACUGCGUAAGCGGAGUAUACUGAGCACGACAGCGCCUUCGCGAAAAGCCAAGUCAUCAUGGACACCAUGGAGCAUGGAUAUGAAUGUGCUAAGCAAGCAUUUGCAGAAAGCCAAGCCAAAGCCUUUGGUGAGCACGCCUGUAACACCUCCGGCUUCUUCUAAUCAACCUGAGGUGAAGUUCAUGAAGAAGUCCUCGACACUAUCGCCGCAGGCAGCUUCCGCUCCAGAUUCGAUGCGGCCACAGAAGAAGGUGAAGCCGACGUCUAUAGUGUCCCCUGUGCCAUCGAAAUCCAAGCCGGAUCCCUCAACGCCCUCCAUUGUGGAGUUGUACGAGAAGCCCAUGAUGAAAUCUAGUCCACCGCAGCAGGAGAACAUUUCGCCAAAGCUUAACAGCAACAAGGUUGUAGAACAGCGCGUUGUGGUCAAAGAGCAGAACGGAUCGGCGAAAAAAAUGGGCAAGACACCGGGCAGAGAGCGCCGCAAGGACCAGAAGGCUAUAAAUGGCACAACUGGGAGUGGAGUGGGAGCUAGGAGACCGGAGCGAAAACAACGCCAGAAGCUAAACUUUGGACAAUCGUCGACAAACAGCACCUCGCCCCCAGCUUCGCCGGAUUCCAUCAAAUGCAUCUCUUCGCCUUGGGAAACGAGCAGUAAGGUCUCCUUCAGCGACGUACUGCAAACGAAACAAUUUGCACCCACCACCAAUGGUUUCGACUGGAGUCAAGCUUCGUCUUCGAGUGACCUCGGGCCGAUCGGAGACAGCCGAAAGACCUCCACGCCGCCGGCGGUGACGUCUCUAUGGGAACCUCUCUCAGCCACGGCAAGCAACUCGCUAUUUGCCAACGCUGACGUAAAUAUUCCUACAGGAGAUGCUAUAUACGAGCAACAAGAGCGCGAACGACAACAGUGGCAGCGCAGCGAGUUGAUUAUGCAGCAGCAACUGCUCCUCCAGCAAGCCCAGCAGCUGGAGUUGCAGCAAAGGCAACAGCAGCUACAGCAACAGCAGCAACUGCUGGCGAAUUUAGAGACGAAUAACUGGGCCAACCACUGGUCACCCCUGGGGUACUCCUCCUGGCCGGAUGCUGCAACCAAUAAUCUCGGGGUCUUGCGUCCACCGCCAGGCUUGGAGCAGAACUUGGCUACGCGUCAGAUGCUCGGAACAGCGCACAAUCUCGCACAAGAAUCGGGGAUAGCAGGCACCAGAGCUGAGGUAUCAGGUCCGGGGGAGACCAGCCUGCCCACGCAGUACGAUCCCUUUACUUCGCCCAGCUCAAUUUGGUCGGACACAUGGCGCCAGUCCUCGCAGCGUAACAACAACCAAAUGAACUAAGGGGAGGACGAGGAGCAAGCUCACUGAUCAAACCGAAUCAACCAAAUGAAAUUCUUACCACUUAGACACCUAGGAUACGCGACGAGGCAGGAACGCAGCAUGAUCUUUUCCAAUUUGACUUUUGACUAAUAAACGCAAAGAUAAUGACUUUCAU